AACAUUUACUGUUUUAAAAAUAAAAUUAUAAACUCAAAAUUUCAAAAUGAACUUGAAUAUUCUAGCCGUCCUACUCAUCUUGGUUGUCAUUUUGUCAGAAUGCGAAGCUAGCACACUCCGUGAUAUGUUCACUAAAAACAUCAAAAAGCGUCAGGAAACCACUGGUGGAAUGCAAGCUGCUUACUCGAAGCUUCUCCCUCCACAAGUUUCCGAAUGGUUUUUGAGAAGACACUUCUAAGCAACUUCCUCUCAUUCUGUAUAUAUUUGAAGAAAACACUACGAGCAACACUUUUUCUGAACAUAUCGCUUUCAAUUGUAAAUCUCAACUUUUUUCUGUGAACAAACAUAAAAAUUUAAAGCUG